UUCCUUUGGUGUACAGAAAUCCCUCUGAUUGUGGCUUCAUAUUAUUUAGACAAGCACUCUUUCAGUAGUAAAUGCCAUUCCUAGCGUAGGGAAGUACUUUAGGUCUAAAGGGGUUAAGAAGGCCUCCUUGCAUUCAGAAACAUGCAGGGGUCCCACCGUGCCAGUUCCAGCCUUUUAAACUCUUUCCAGCUUUUUUUUCUUGCAACAAAUCUGCCUGACUGCCACCAGGACAUAGGAAACGUGUGCCUGUCAAAGAAAUCAAGUUUACCUUUUCCGACUUGUUAAACGGAGGCAGGGUAUAAAUAUCGCUAACUCUGUACGGACUAUUAGCAUUUCUCUUAAAAUAAGGGGGUUACUUCCUAAGACCUUUAAUCCAGUGCGGUCUAGACCAGACUGCACUACCAACAAAGACAGGAAGGAAACCUGCAGAAGUUUGAUAGAGGGCAGGUGGAUUUGGACUUCUUUGAAAAUAUAAGGCACACACAAAAAAACCCAAACCCAACCGAAUUGUUGACGUUUCUUGGAGAAGUUCUGAGAUGUUGUUGGUAUUAUUCACUCGGUGGAUGUGGAUCUUGCUGGGGAAGACCACUGUCCUGUUGCUUCUGGAGGUCCCUCUAGAGGGUAACGCUUUACCUCCAAUACGGUAUUCUCACGCUGGGAUAUGUCCAAAUGAGAUGAACCCCAACCUGUGGGUAGAUGCACAGAGCACCUGCAAGAGAGAGUGUGAUACAGACCUGGAAUGUGAGACCUUUGAGAAGUGCUGUCCUAAUGUCUGUGGGACAAAGAGUUGCGUGGCAGCUCGGUACAUGGACAUCAAGGGAAAGAAAGGACCCAUCGGGAUGCCUAAAGAGGCAACUUGUGACCGUUUCAUGUGUAUCCAGCAAGGCUCAGAGUGUGAUAUCUGGGAUGGACAGCCUGUUUGCAAAUGCAAAGAUAGGUGUGAAAAAGAGCCCAGCUUUACCUGUGCCUCCGAUGGACUCACCUAUUACAACAAGUGUUAUAUGGAUGCAGAAGCUUGCACCAAAGGCAUUACUCUAAAUGUAGUCACUUGUCGGUACCAUCUCACCUGGCCAAAUACCAGCCCUAUCCCACCAGAGACUACAGUGCGCCCUACCACAGCUUAUUCAGAGACAACCAUCGUUGAUAUCCUGCCACCCGCUCUAGUUAACAAUCCAGUCCAUCAGUCAGUCUAUGUGGGAGAGACUGUUAGCUUUCUUUGUGAUGUCACAGGCAGACCCAAACCAGAAAUUACUUGGGAGAAGCAAAUAGACGGUAAGGAAAAAAUCAUUAUGAGGCCGAAUCACGUCAGGGGGAAUGUCGUGGUUACCAACAUUGCCCAGCUGGUUAUCUAUAACACCCAGCUGCAAGAUGCAGGCAUUUACACAUGCACUGCAAAAAACAUCGGCGGUCUUCUCAGGGUUGAUUUCCCAUUGUCAGUUGUCAAAGGAGAACCUGCAUCAAAAGAAGCAUCCCAAAACAAAACCCAUUUCCCAACCGAUGAGUGUCUGAAGCAGCCAGACAGCGAAGACUGUGGGGAAGAGCAGACGAGGUGGUAUUAUGAUGCAAAGAAAAACAACUGCUUUACAUUCAUUUAUGGGAACUGUAAUAGCAACCUGAACCACUUUGAGACCUAUGAGAACUGUAUGUUAACAUGUAUGAAUGGCCCAAUCAACAUCUGCAACCUGCCAGCCCUUCAGGGUCAUUGCAAAGCCUAUGAGCCCAGAUGGGCGUACAACAGUUUGACAAAGCAAUGCCAAUCUUUCAUUUAUGGUGGCUGCGGAGGCAAUGAGAAUAACUUUGAGAGCAAAGAGGCCUGCGAAGAGAUGUGCCCUUUCCCUAAAAACACUCACUGCAAAGCCUGCAAGCCUCGCCAAAAGCUGGUGACGAGCUUCUGCAAAAGCGACUUUGUUAUCCUGGGCCGUAUAACGGAACUAACCGAAGACCAAGACUCGGGACACGCGUUGGUGACAGUGGAGGAGAUUCUAAAAGAUGAAAAAAUGGGAUUAAAAUUCCUGGGGAAGGAACCUCUAGAAAUCACCCUUUUAAAUAUGGACUGGAGCUGUCCAUGCCCCAAUAUGACCACGGUGGAUGGUCAGCUUAUCAUCAUGGGUGAUGUCCACAAUGGGAUGGCCGUCCUGCAGCCAGACAGCUUUGUGGGCAUCUCCAGUGUCCGGCGUGUACGGAAGCUCCGUGAAGUCAUCCACAAGAAAACCUGUGAGCUUCUGAAAGAAUUUUUAGGACUACACUAACCUUACUCACGUGUGUCAGCCUUUCAGCUCUGUGUAUUGUAUAAGGCUAACAAAAGCAAGGCUAGUGUGGAAACUAAAGACAAGCUACUGUCUAAAGAUACAAUGUAUGUAAUAUGCAGAACCCUUAUUUUAAUCUAUUAAUGAUGCUUAGAAACAAUGUAGUAUGCUCUUUGGCAAGCACAUAAAAUAUCAAUGGAUGGCUAUUAAUCUUACUUUGAAAUCAACCUGUUUGUAUAGAAUUGCCAUUUAGCUAGCUGAUUUAUGCAAUAAUUAUAUAAUUCUUGUGUAGUUUCCAACAUAAAUGACCAAAUUCGUAGCAUUUUUGUAGCUAAUUGAUACAUAGCUAAAUUGCACAUACUGUCGAUUUAAUCUGUUUCACUUACAGCAUGGAAAUGUUAUGGUAAAUCAUUAAAAA